AUACUCCAGCCCUACUGAGAGGAUUUCUCUCUCUCUCUCUCUCUCUCUCUCCUCGCUUUGCUCAGUGCCUCUUGCAGCCCCAGCCUCAGGUUGCUGCGGGAAGACUCUUUCCUUACCUUUUCUGGGAGUGAAGUGCCCAGGGCAGACGAGACCAGCUGGUGCAGGGGCAAGAUCGGAGACGGGAGAGACUUGGGGAAGCAAAAGUGGACUUGAUUUGAAAAAAAGAAAGAAGGAGAGUCUCCUCUUUCUCCAGCGGGGCCCUGCCGUCUCGCCGCAGCACAGGAUACAAUGAACAAGAUGAAAAACUUCAAGCGGCGGUUUUCCCUCUCCGUUCCCCGGACAGAGACCAUCGAGGAGUCACUAGCCGAGUUCACAGAGCAGUUCAACCAGCUCAACAACAAGAAGAAUGAAGACCUGGCACAAGGGCACCUGCAGCUGGGCCACCUGGGCAGAGGUUUCCGGGCAGAGCCAACCUCCGUUUCCCCCUCGGAGGUGGAAGGCCAGUCCCCGAAAGCUGUGCGCUACCGAAGGAGCAGCCAGCGCCGCUUCUCCAUGGAGGAUGUCAGCAAGCGGCUCUCCCUGCCCGUGGACAUCCGUCUGCCCCCGGAGUUCCUGCAAAAGCUGCAGAUGGACAAUCCAGACUUCCCCAAGACCUUCAGCAGGAUGUCUCGACGGGCUUCCCUCUCGGACAUCGGAUUUGGGAAGCUGGAAACCUAUGUUAAAUUGGAAAAACUGGGGGAGGGCACCUAUGCCACUGUCUUCAAGGGGCGCAGCAAGCUAACUGGGAACCUGGUCGCUCUGAAGGAGAUCCGCCUGGAGCAUGAAGAAGGAGCACCCUGCACAGCUAUAAGGGAGGUUUCCCUGCUGAAGAACCUGAAACAUGCAAACAUUGUGACCCUCCACGAUUUCAUCCACACGGAGCGCUCCCUCACCCUUGUCUUUGAGUACCUGGACAGUGACCUAAAGCAAUAUCUGGAUAACUGUGGGAACCUGAUGAAUAUGCACAACGUGAAGAUUUUCCUGUUCCAGCUGCUCCGUGGCCUGUCCUACUGCCACAAGAGCAAGAUCCUGCAUCGAGACCUCAAACCGCAAAACCUGCUCAUCAACGAAAGGGGAGAGCUAAAGCUGGCUGACUUCGGUCUAGCCAGAGCCAAAUCAAUCCCCACGAAAACAUAUUCCAACGAGGUGGUCACUCUGUGGUAUCGGCCCCCCGAUGUCCUGCUGGGAUCGACUGUGUACUCCACACCCAUCGAUAUGUGGGGUGUGGGCUGCAUACACUACGAAAUGGUCACAGGACGGCCCAUGUUCCCAGGCUCCACUGUGAAAGAAGAGCUCCAUUUAAUCUUCAAGCUUCUUGGCACCCCUACAGAAGACUCCUGGCCUGGAAUCACAUCCAACGAGGAGUUUAAGGGUUAUCAUUUCACCCGGUACCAAGCCCAGCCCUUGAUAAAUCAUGCACCCAGGCUGGACACGGAAGGGAUCGACUUGCUGAUGAGCCUCCUCCUGUACGAAGCCAAAUGCCGGAUCUCCGCCGAAGAGGCCCUGCGACACCCUUACUUCAAGGCGCUGGGGGACCGAGUCCAGCUCCUCCCUGACAAUGCCUCCAUCUUCUCUCUGAAAGAAAUACAGCUUCAAAAGGACCCUGGCUACCGAGGUUCAGCCUUUCAGCAGUCAGCCCGAGGGAAAAGCAGGAGACAGAGUAUAUUUUAAACCUGGCUCUUGUUCCCUUUGUCACCAUGGAGAUCAAAGCACUGAGAAAGGAGAGGACUUCAUGCUCCCACAGGACCCAUCCACAGAAUUGCUGACUCUAACAGGAAGAUACUGGAACGCCCCUCUACCAUGGGGUGCCCUCUGUCUGCCCCCCAGAAUCCCACUUCUCACACCAGUCAUCCCACCAGUAGUUCUUGUCAAAGGAGCUCUGCCCCCAGUUGCUCAUUUUUCAUGUGCCACCACCAAGAGUAAACUACUGCGUUCUAUACCCGGGUAAGGUACUUUAACUAGUGACUAGCUACCCUGGGAGUAGCCCUGAACUCAGGAGACUUGUGUGCCGGCCUUGUUACAGUCCUGUUUGCUGCAGGACAGGGCGGUGAUCUGGAGUGAAUAGGGGCGCUGCAGGCAGAGGGCAGAAUCUCCAAGGAUUGGCAGACAGCUGGGUGGUCAUAUCGCAGAAGACAUUUCUGUGAAUGCACGGCAUGCCUCUGCUUGGGCACCCUGCUAUGCCCACCGGUGGGGAAGUCAGACCUGGCAAGACGCAUUGCACUGAAUGAAGGACAUGCUCUCACCAGCAGGGGGCGCCCUACGGUGAGCCCCAUCCAGGGCUUCCUGACAUCAGACAUUGAGUUGGGAUGGAAACAUUUAACGAGGGAGCGCUCCCCUUCAGCCCCUCCCCCCAUGGUUAUCAACCAGGGAUCCCUCUUCCCCACCCCAUAAUUUGAGUCUCAUGCACAGUUCCUGGGAUUGCCUGAACGGCAGCCCCAGGAGGUGCAGAGGAAAGAGGCUGUAAAGAGGAAAAUGCAGAUUAGCUGGAUUCCUCUGAUCCCCUCAGUUUCCCCAACAACCCGCCCCCCCCACCCACCCCCACAAGUUUAUUUUCUAAGCUCUGACACCUGUUUUGCAGCAGUUCCCAGCCCCUCUGAUUUAGCGAGAAACCAGUGAAGUCCCGUUUCCUACAUCAAAAUCAUGCUGUGUUUCUAAUCUGCCUUGCGCGGAAAGGUGCGUUCCUACUAGGAAAAGGACCCAUUUCCCAGCAUGCGGCUCUGGAAUUGCAGCAAAUUGUCCAGCCAGUUGGGCCCAUCUUUGAGCUCACCGCAAAAGGUGAACGAGCACAAGUAGUUUCACCUGUUGGUGCAAAUGAGCUGUGAAUGCACAAUGUUGCGUCAUUCCACCUUUGUGGUGGGCGUGCAAAGGUGCCGACCCUACCUCUGCAAGGCUGCAGGAUCAUGACCCAACUCAAACACAGCACACCCUAUUAAGCAGAAAACAGACCCACCUUUCACGACCUACCCGGUUCCCUAGGACUGAGCAUAUUGGUUUCGCCCCGUGUAUUGCACACCUACUGCACUCAAUGGGACUCAAGUGCUUUGUGUGCUUUGCAUAUGUUCCUCCCCCUCUAUUCCCAGGCCGUGCUCAAUCAGUUCCUGAAACUUUUUUUUUUUUUUUUGAAGUUUGAAAAAUUUGUCAGAAUGUUUUGAUUGGUUGGUUGAUUUGGGGAUUUUUUUAUUUAUUUUUUUAAGUUUUCAUUCCCCGUCCGGCUACCUCAUCCUCUCCGAUACCCAUCAUGGCCCAGCUAGCACCAGGAAAUGAUGGGGCAUUGCUCUAGAGAGCAUGGAUCAUGGGCUGGUAGACUGACUGUGGGACUGGUAGGCAGGAAGUCCUGAGUUCUAAUCCAGACUCUCCUACUCACACACCGAGUAGCCUUGGGCAGGUGAUGGCACUCUUCUGUGCCUCAGUUUCCUCAUCUGUCAAAUGGGGCUAAUAAUCAUUAGCUGCCUCACUGUGAGGCAAAGCAUAAGUUAGAAAUGGGCCUGGAUCUGAACUUUCCCAAAGCUUGAGGAGGUUUGGAUCCAAGGUUCCAAUGCAGGUCAGAUUCUAAAUGCUCAGCAUGAUCAUCCCCAUGAGAUUCCCAGCCCACUCUAGACACCAAAGCAGGUUGGACCAAGUUAGGCUCAUCCCAGAUAAGCAUCCAGACCUCUGUAUUGUUUGAGAUUUGCCCAUCCCUGGUAGGUUUCUUUCGGUGUGUGUCCAGUAUACAGCAAGUUGGGGAAAACACUUUGUUUCCAUCCAUUAACGCAUUCAGCACUUCACUGGGUAGCACGUGAGUGAUGCGGCCAGCUUUUCUGCAUGCACAUAGAAAAAGUGUUCUCUGUGUCAGCUGUAUCAGGGGUUUUCUUUUGACGUGUAAGAGGAAGGUUUACAAUAUUUGGUUGGUGUUAGCUAGAGUAAGUUUUAACCCCUGUUCCCCUUUAGCUAUCCCUUAACAAAGCUUUUUGCAUGAGCAUUUCCUAGGUAGAGCAGGAAUCCGUGCCAUGGGCUUACUCUUUCCAUUGCAGACACCUCUAUUUGUGGGUGAGUAACUCAAUUGACUGUUUACCCCAUCGAUGAAACUUCUCCUGUGGGCUCUGAUUCAGCAAGGGACUUAAGUGUAGGCUCAGUUUUAAGCACCCGAGUAAUCCCAUUGAUGUUAGUGGGCCUACUCACGUGUUACAAGUUAGGCACUUGUUUAAGGAGCUGUGCUAAAUUGGGUCCCGUAAUGUCCCAGCCUAGGGGUGAAUAUGGACCUAAUCCAUCUGCCCCCUUGUGAGUUAUAGGGCCAAGUCCAUCACUAGCCUGGGACAAUGCUCCUCAUCACUGGAAUGUAGAGCACUCAUACCCAGUGCCAAUGUCUCUUGCUUAUUCUCCUACAUACCUUGUCUGUGUUCUUCCUGCUCUCAUCAGCCCCAGGCUCUGAGGACUCAUCUAGUCAUGUAAGUCAUGAUCAGUUAUGUUGUAACAUCUGUGGCCACCUCUGAAUCACAAUUGCUACAAUUCUGUGCUUGAAGUCUGUUUGGAAUUUCCUGGCCACAGCAAGGAUAGAACUCAGCGCUUCCUGCUCCAAAGUCACAGGCUCCUGCCACCUGAGCAAAAGGGGGAUCCCCACUGAACUUUCUGAGUACAGAACCUAUGAAGCCCAGGUAGGCAGGUCUAGUUCCAUCCUGUAGAAGUUGCCCUAGAAAUUCUUGAUGUCCAACAUAGUGAGGUUCUGGGGCAGCUAACGAUUUGUUACACUGUUAACGACAGCGAUGUUUUCAUUGACUUUGGGGCAGAUGAGGAAACAGUGGUCUACUGGUGCUUGCAGUCUGUUUUCUGAGCACCCGCAGCGCCCACUGAAAUUAACUUUUGUCGGAAGUGCCCAGUGCCUCUGAAAAUCAGGCCCUGUCUGACUCAGCUUAAAUCCUUCCAAGCCUAGGGACCAGAUCUUCAGAUAAAGGACAGACCAGACUUUAAGAAGGCUUACAGGGGAGCGAGGGCCAGUGGCUUGGUAGGGUCAAUAGAAUCAAAGAAAUUAAAGGUGGGAAAAGAUGUUAUUAAGUCAGCUCAUCCAUCCCCCUUAGUCUUUUGGCUCUAACGACACAGGCUUCUCGCACUGGUGCUAAAGGAGAACUCCCUUACCUGGCAUCAUCCAGCAGUCUCUGGAGAGUCUCACAGACAAACACGUCAGCAUAGUGCGUACCCUGCCUCCCAGCCAAUGCCGAUAGGGCUGAUUUUCAAAGGUGUUGCUGAGCAUCUGAGGCGCCUGUUGGCUUAAGCUGAAUCAGUGGGUGUUCAGUGCCUCUGGAAGCCUGCCCCUUUCCCCACCACUGUCCACUCGAGAGAGGCCCACCAUGGAAAUACUAGGGAGAGGAGAGCAAGGGAGGCAAUGUCACCGACGAGUGGAGUCAUCCAGGGCUGCAGACUAGGACAGAAGGGUAUCGAAUGACCGUGACCGUGCAGCCGGGACUGUUUUCUCCAGUGAACGAGAAAGUUAUCUCCAAGCCUGUGAUCUGUGUGCUCUUUACUCCUGCGUAGCUCUGUCCGUUCCCCCACACACCCUUCCUGAAGGAGAUCUCUUGGGCAGGAUACUGUUAUUUAUUAGCCUAUUGAGCUGCUAUCAGGGUGAGUUUAAGAUAACACCUUUUGUUCCACUGCAUUAUUCCUUGCAUAAUGACAGGUUUCAGAGUAGCACAAAAGCUUAUGCUCAAAUAAAUGUGUUAGUCUCUAAGGUGCCACAAGGACUCCUUUUCUUUUUGCAUUAUUCCUGUUCAGGAGAGCGAUAGCGCAUGUAAAUAUUUGGCAGCCCUCUGAGCAGGGUUUGAUUUAUAAGCCCCCAGGACUCACUCCCUGGCAGGGCUUGGCAGGCUGAGUCCUAGUUGUGUGAUCUCUGGGUUCCUGCACAUGCUCUGCCGGUAAAUGCCUUCCAGACACCUACAUCGGAGCAGAAGCUUUUAGUACAGUGGCAUGAGGACACUGGUCAGAUCCGGAGCAAAUGUAAAUUGCCAUAGCCCCACUGGAGCCAGUGGAGCUAGGGCCAGAUAUACAAUGGUAUUUAGGUGCCUGAAGAGGCAGAUAGGCUUCUACUGGGGUUUACAAAAGCUUCUAAGCAGGUUAGGUGCCAAACUCCCAUUGAAAGCCAGUAGGCGAUAAGUAUCCAACUCGCUGUUAAAUCCAACUAGGCACCUAUCCGCAUGCUUAGGUGCCACAAUAUGUUUAUAAAUCUGGCCCCUCUGCAGAUUUGCAUCUGCUGAGCAUUCAGCUCUGUCUCCUAUGGCAAAUGAAUCCAGUUCUGUUCCACUGUGUAUGUAGAGCGUUGCAUUAAUUUGAAUGUUUUCAAGGCUGAAGCAUUGGUUGUAUUUUGUUUCCUAGAGUUUCAUGGGCAUUAUUUGGUAAUUGCUUCGUGCAGCUGAGCUGUUUGCAGAAGGGAGAUGGCAAAUGCAAUUGAUAAUUUCAUAGAUUCAAGAACUAGAAUAGAGAUUCAGCCAGGAAUCGCUGACCUACCUCGUCUGUUUGACAAGAAGCAUGCAUUGUACUGUAAUAUGGUAUUGCCAUGAGCUGGCACACUUCAAGGCUAAUCCAGUAUUAGGUUUGUGAGCACAAGUAGUUCCUUGCUGGAAACUGGGUUUCGUUUAGCUCUGUCCCAGUCUGACAGCCAGUUCAGGCAAGGCUUGGAGAGAGUCUUACCCGAAACCUGUUCUAUCCCCAGUGAUAUGUGAACCUUUUCCCCCCUCAUGGCCAGCAAGUAGAAUUAAAAGGACAUAAGAACAGCUAUACUGGGUUAGUCCAUGGGUCCAUCUAGCCCACUGUCCUGUCUCUGACACUGGCCAAAGCCAGAUGCUUCAGAGGGAAUGAACAGAACAGGGCAAUUUUGAGUGAUCCGUCCCCUGUCGUCCAAUCCUGGCUUCUGGCAGUUGGAGGUUUAGAGACACCCAGAACAUGAGGUUGCAUCCCUGGCCACCUUGGCUAAUAAUAGGACCUCCCCCGCAUUUAAAAAUGCUUUUUAUAAAACCUAAUAGAAAAAUGGCCAUGACUUUCAUUAACUCAAUACAUUUAAAUCGGUGGAUUUAAACAUUCUCCAGAACAACAGCACUAAGACCAGGAAGUGAAACUGAUCAGUCUAAUAUCGCCUGAUGAAACACAUACAUGGAAUAGUGGGUUAAAAGUAGAGCUGGUUGAAAAACUGGAGGUUGCUAUGGUUUUAUUUUUUUAAUGUUCACAGGUUUGAGUGUGUUUUGACCAGCCUUCAGUGUGGUUGAAAUUUUUCCAACAACUGGAAUUUCAAGGAAACUUUUCUGCACAUUUUUUUUUUUAAUUUCUUGGUUUUUUGGUAGACUUCUUUAAAUUUCUUGACCAGCUCUAGAAAAAAAGUGAGUUGGAUUUUUCUUUCAAAUCUAGGCAGUACUCCUUUAAAACGCUGUAUUUUUCCGUCCCAACAGCUGAUCUCUGGCUCCAGUAAUGCCGAGAACGCUCGUGUCAAUAAUAAUGUCUGUGUUACAGGGCAACAAUAAAACUUUGUCAUUUUAUUUCCGACUCCCCAUGCACCUUUCCUGGCUUGACACAUUUGCAGACUUUUGUUGCGAUUUUAAAUAGCAAAACUGCAGUGUGUCUGUUCUCAUGGUAACGAGGAAAUAAGCAUUUUGCUCCCUCUCCUUUAAGGUGGAUAAUUAGAGAAACCAUUUUCUCCUUGCUUCCGAGCUGUGUGUGUGUUUUCUCAUGACUUGGCUUCACUCAGAAAUGAGGUCAUUGUUAGAACAUGAUCUUGAGCAGUUGAUUUAACUAACACGAUGUUUAACAUGACUUUGCAGUCCAUGUCAUCUUGUAGGGGAAAAUGGUGCUUAAGAUCAGACCAGCUGGUUGGGGUUAAACCUAGAGGUCCAGCUGGCACCAUAUAUUAACACACACAGAUUUCUGUCUGCACUGACUGCAAAGGUGUAUUUAACACCACUUUAAUUAAUAUGCCUCCUCAAGGUCAUGUUCUAACAGCCUCAUUUUUGAAUGAGGACAAGGCCCCAGUGAUGCAAGAACCUUGAGUCACUAAGGCUCGGGAAAAAAGCAGACAGGUGGAGAAACAGCAGGAAGGUGGAAAUGGCUGAGCCCUACAGAUUCGCAUCUCAGUGGGCUUUGUGCCUUAAUAUCUGUGUGUGGAGUCCAGGACCCCCAUGGGUUUGAUUCUGCUCUCAGUGGGUAUUCCACACUGGUGGAACUGAAAGCAGAAAUAGAUCCCUUUAUCUUAAUUAGGACGCUGUCACUGUGGCCUUUGAUAGGAAGAUCCCAUGUCAGGUGCAGCUGCAAAUUUUUGAUGCCUGCAAACCUCACUCAUUGGAGUGAUCCCUACUCAAGGGGAGCAUCCUCAGUGGAGUCCUAGAACCAGGCCAUAACCAAAUGCUACAGCAUAAUUCAUAUCAGUUCAACCAACCGGCUCCUAGUGAGAUCUCUCAGUCCAUAGGGCCUGAUCCACUGCUCACUGAGGUCUGUGGAAAGCCUCCCAUUGCCUUCAGUAGGCAUGCUGCUAUGCCUCUGACAUCUUAAUCCUGAGGGGCCUGCACAGCCCCCAGGGAAGUGAAGUCCCCAGAGAACUGAAACCAUCGCACCCCACACUACCACCAUUUUCUAGCCCUAGCUGGCCAGAGUCUGCUCAGUUUCACCAGUGCAAAUCUGGCAUCCCUCUGCUAAAGUCUGGAUUUACACUGGUCUAACUCAGAGCAAAAUAUUGGCCCAGGGGGUUCAACACAUGCAGUUCGGUCUUUGUGCGAAUUGGGGUUGAAACUAACAAGGCCCCUCGUGCCAAGAGCCACGGAUCUUUGCCUGAAAAUAUUGCUUUAGCUGUACUUUACCUGUUCUUCUCCUGUACUCUUGAGUCUUGUUGUUGAAUGCACCUUGCUGUCCCUUCAGAAUUUCUUGCUAGUGGUGUCCUGUGUUAACAGGUGCAAAUAGUAAGAAGCCCGCUUUCUGGUUUAUUCGUCACCUUCUUCGUCCUCAGCAUCUUGCUUUUCCUGGAAGGGGAAAUAUACACACCCACGUGCGCCAGCCACCAAGGGUACCCAUACUGUGAAUGUUCUCUGGUGUGAUUCAUUUGCAAAUACAAAUAAUAUAUUUAACUAUUAUUGUAAAAACAGAAGAUGAAUUUUAAAAGGAAUCAUUUUAAAGGUUUAUUCCAAAAGCUGCAAUGAUUUUUUGUAUGGAAAGUUUCUCUGGAAUUAAUCGAAAGGUACAAAAAUAAAUAAAAGAUGGUAUCCUUGUGUCGGAAUGUUUUUAUAAAGAUCCUGCAAUUUUUGUAUUUCAGAUAUGCCAUGGACUGUUUUGAGAAUGUGUUUGUUUUCUUGCUAAGGCUUAUAUUACAAAUGUAUUGUGAAUGCUACGAAGCCAAGAUUGGAAAAUAAACUUUAUUGAGUAGAUGGUA